AUGGCUAGCAUGAGCCAAACCCAACCGUACAUGGAUGUGCAUUCACAUCUGUCGUCGGGACAGCCAUAUGCCUCUCACCCUGCGCCUGCUGGAGGAAUGACCCAUUACCAGUACCCGCAGCAACCUCCUGUGCUACAGCCCACUUCAACAUAUGGGCCGGCCAGCUCUUACCCACAGUAUCCCUACCCUAAUGGUGUGGCAUCUUCUCAGUCCGCGCCCCCGCCUCCGACAACCUCAAUGAGUAGCCAGGUUCCCGCUCAAUUACUGCCUCUACCUGUGACCAACCAUCCUGUGUCUGCCCCCGGAUAUGGAAACAACACCGGGGCACCGAUGCAAGGGUAUGUGUAUGAUCCAACUGGCCAGAUGGCACCCCCCGGAGCCAAGCCUAGGGUUACGGCUACACUGUGGGAAGAUGAAGGUAGUCUAUGCUACCAGGUAGAAGCUAAGGGCGUGUGUGUUGCUCGACGAGAAGAUAACCACAUGAUUAACGGCACCAAGUUGCUCAACGUUGCGGGCAUGACUCGAGGCCGUAGAGAUGGUAUUCUUAAGAGCGAAAAGGUCCGGAAUGUGGUGAAGAUUGGGCCCAUGCACUUGAAGGGUGUUUGGAUUCCAUUCGAGCGCGCUUUGGAAUUUGCGAACAAGGAGAAGAUCACAGAUCUACUAUACCCCUUGUUUGUUCACAACAUUGGCAGCCUGUUGUACCACCCUACCAACCAGACCCGAACGAACAUGGUAGUGCAGGAGUCGCAACAGCGACGACUCGAUGGUCCUCAGCCUGCUCGCACCCCUCAAGCUCCCCAACCCCCCAGUCUACACCACCAUCAUUCCCUGCAAACACCCGUUUCCGCUCACAUGGCUCAGCCUCAUCCGAUGGGCUCGCAACCCGGAGGCCGGCCCAGCAUUGACCGCGCUCAUACAUUCCCUACUCCACCUGCGAGUGCUUCAAGCCUAAUGGGAAUUACCAGCCAGGGUAACUCCUACGAGUGGGGCCAGGGGAUGAACUCGGGUGUUCCUAACUCUCAGCCAUUGUCUAUCGACACCAGCUUGACCAAUGCACGAUCAAUGCCAACAACACCAGCUACGACACCACCAGGAAACAAUAUGCAGGGAAUGCAAUCAUACCAACCACAGUCCGGCUAUGACUCCAAACCUUACUACUCGGCAGCCCCAUCCGCGCACCCUCACUACGCUCCUCAACAACCUUUACCGCCGCAGCCGAUGGCGCCCUAUGGCCACUCAAUGCCGAGUUCGUACAUGAAAGGUGAUAUGGCGCCGCCGUCUUCUCAACGUGGGUCUAUAAGUCAUCCUGAGCCCGACUCCGAUGUGAAGUCGGAACGCUACGCACACAGCAGUGGGCAUGUUGGUGGCGGAUCGUCAGAAGCCGAACAAGAACCGGAGUAUGUCCAGCAUGACAAUGGCUACAACACCAGUCGCGGCUCGUACUAUACCACCAACCCUUCUGUCGGCGGCCUUCCUGGCGAUCAUUCCCAGCUUACACCAGACAUGACUGGCUCUCCCCAGCAAAACGGCUCUGGGCGCAUGACUCCCCGUACCAGUGGUGCCGCUCCUCAGUGGGCCCCAGGAUACAGCACGCCUCCGCGACCAGCCGCUGCUAGCAGCUUGUACAACAUUGUUAGCGACACGCGAGGAACGUCCGCCACAAACGGAACCACAUCUGACAAUUACUCCGUGGCGUCCAACUCUGGCUACUCGACUGGGUUGAAUGGCUCAUUGGGAUCCAAUAAGCGUAUGCGUGAGGAUGAUGACGACCGCAUUGUUCGGCCGGACAGCCGUGGUGACUAUGAUAGCAAGCGUCGCAAGACCUUGACGGAAGCCACCGUUGGUGGCCCGGUGGGUGGUGUUCCUCUCGGGCUCCAGCCCAUGAAAGCUGGCGGCAGCCUCAUGGCUGGUCGCCGUUAA